AGUUAAGCACCAAGCUUUUGUGCCUUUUUCAUUCAUUCCAUGUCAACCAAGUGAUUUUUGGUAACUCUCACUCACAUCACUUCAAUGCAAUGUGCAAUUUAAUUGAGAAGAAGAAAGAAUAAAGAAUCAUUAAUGUUCUUUAUUACACACAAAUUAUAUCAAGAGGGUCUAACUUGGUUGGUUUAGCUUGGCAGAGAGUAUGAGUUGUCGUAAACCUUCUCAUAUUGUCUUCGAUUCCUAAGGUGUUAAAAACACACACACACAAAUUGUGUUGAGUCACUGAGGUUCAAAGAAUGUGUCACUGUUCAUUAUCAAUGGCCACACUAUACUACCACUGAUUGUGUUUUAAUUCUCAUCUUCCAUAUACAAAGCCAUGAAACAAGAGUCACCAGCCUCACCACUGCCAUCGUCGCUUCCACAACCAUCACCAACAAUGACAACAACGAAAAAUGUGAUCAAGCUUCAGAACAGUUUAACUCCAUCACGGUUAAGGCUUCCUUCCAAGUACAGAGAGCCGCCAAAGACUCCACCAGAGGUUGUUGUCAACAAUGUGGUGGUGUCAACACCAUCAAGGAGAGCCAAGUCUGUGACUCCAGAGUUGAAGCACAAUUCAAGGAUCAAAAGGGGUCUUGUGCUGAACAAGGCCAAACCCAAUGAAGAGGUUGUGGGAACAACUCAAAGGGGUAGGGAAGCUGAAGAGACUAAGGUUGUCGCUCGUUUCGUGAGACCUCAUGUUGUGGAACAAUUUGCUAGGCCAAGGAAUGGGGCUGGGGAUUUUGCUUUCAAGAGGGACAAGGAGGACUCUGAUGAGAAGAGUAAGAAAGAAUUGAUGGAGAAGCUCGAGGCGAGUGAGAGUUUGAUCAAGAAUCUGCAGUCUGAAGUGCAGGCUUUGAAGGCUGAAUUGGAGAAAGUUAAGGGCUUGAAAGUGGAGCUGGAGUCUCACAACAGGAAACUCACUGAGGAUCUUGCUGCUGCUGAAGUAAAGGUGGUGUCUUUGGGUGGCAAUGAGAAGGAGCCAAAUGGAGAACAUCAGAGCCCCAAGUUUAAACACAUUCAGAAACUCAUUGCUGACAAAUUAGAAAGGUCCAUUGUGAAAAAGGAAGCCAUUGCAAAUGGAGGGUUUGUUGAAGCAUCAAUUCCACCACCAACUGCAAUUCCUGCCAUUCCUGAUGCCCCAACUGCAAGGAAAGGAAGAAAACCCACUCCCAACUCGUGCCUGCCGCCACCUCCACCACCUAUGCCACCAUCAAUCCCUUCAAGGCCUAUAGCAAAAGCGAGUAACACUCAAAGGGUCCCUGCAUUUGUGAAACUAUUUCACACAUUAAAGAAUCAAGAAGGGAUGAAAAGCACAACAGGGACAGUUAAACAGCAGAAACCGGUAUCUGUCAAUGUACACAGCAGCAUUGUUGGAGAAAUUCAAAACCGUUCCGCUCAUCUUUUAGCAAUAAGGGCAGACAUUGAAACAAAAGGAGCUUUCAUUAAUGACCUGAUAAAAAAGGUGGUAGAAGCAGCCUACACGGAUAUUGAAGAUGUCUUAAAUUUUGUCAAUUGGCUUGAUGGUGAACUCUCGUCAUUGGCUGAUGAGCGUGCAGUCUUGAAACAUUUUAAUUGGCCCGAGAGGAAAGCUGAUGCUAUGCGUGAAGCCGCAGUUGAAUAUCGCGAACUUAAAUUGUUAGAACAAGAGAUUUCGUCCUUCAAGGAUGACCCAGAAAUUCCAUGUGGAGCUUCCUUGAGAAAGAUGGCCAGCCUAUUAGACAAGUCUGAGAGCAGCAUACAGAGACUAAUCAAGUUGCAAAAUUCUGCAAUGCGUUCAUAUCAAGAGUACAAAAUUCCAACUGCUUGGAUGCUUGAUUCAGGAAUCAUGACCAAGAUAAAGCAGGCUUCUAUGAUUCUGGUCAAGAUGUAUAUGAAAAGAGUGACAAUGGAGCUUGGAUCUGCUCGGAACUCAGACAGGUCUAGUCAAGAAUCCCUUCUGCUUCAGGGCAUGCAUUUUGCAUAUAGAGCUCAUCAGUUUGCUGGUGGUCUGGAUGCAGAAACUUUGUGUGCUUUUGAAGAGAUAAGGCAACAUGUACCAGGACACUUGGCAGGUUCUCGAGAACUUUUGGCUGGCAUAGCAUCAUCAUGAGAGGCCUUUAAUAUGUUAUACUUUCUUUUCCUUAUGUCCAAUGUUCAACAAUAUUAACCAUUCGGAAGAAAUAAGAAGGAACAUGAAGAGAUUCUGAAAAUAGUACAUUACAUAUAUAGUGGUUGAGCAAGUCAAGUGGUUAGUCUGCUAUUGUUCAAUGGUUACAAACUAGCAGCUUCCCUCAUCUUGCUCUGUGGAUAAAAUCUUCACAGUCGUUGAGCUUAAAUAGUUUUUUCCCCCAAGCUAGACCCGUCUACUUUCUAAUUAUGUAACAAGAACAAGAAGCUUUGCAUGUAUAGGUGCAUAUAAUUAACUUCUACUUAGAAUUGAGUUGCUGUAAUAAACUACAAAUUUUACAGUCA